UUACAAGAUAAAAUGGAUUAAAGAAGUGCAUUGGAUGGUGUGCAAAAAUGAAAGUGGACAAAUACUCUGGGACGGAGGGAGUAGGUUUUUUCGGUCUCUCGGUCCAGACCUAAUGGUAAUCCGGCGAGUGAGGCGCAGCAAACUGUCGGCGACAAUUGAAUCGGCGGCGGCGUGCUCUGCUCUUCCGUUGCCCGAUCUGCGUUUCUUCAGAUCCGAUCGAAGAAGUUCUGGUUCCGUUGCCCGAUCUGCGUUUCUUCAGAUCCGAUCUAAGAAGUUCUUCCGUUGCCCGAUCUGCGUUUCUUCAAAUCUUCAUCUUCAGAUCUUCUUCUACUCUUCCAUCACGGUGUGGGACAGCUCGAUUUGGGCCUGAAAUGAGGCUGGGCAAAAUUUUCUCUGGCCGGAAAUUUGGGUCGCCGGAAUUCUAGCAGGGCCGGUUGGGUUGGGGGCAGUAAUGCGGGCAGGAUAGGAAUGGGUG